AUGGACAAGGUCGACUGCUAUGUCGUGCCGCAGACCACGGGCACCAGCCGGAACAUCUUCCAGGGCGGCAGCCCGCUGUCGUCGUCGCUGCCCCUCCUCGGCGUACAGCUCGUCCUCAUCGUCUCCGUCACCCGCGUCCUUUACUUCGUCUUCAAGCCGCUCAAGCAGCCCCGCGUCGUGUCCGAGAUCAUGGGCGGCAUUAUACUUGGCCCGUCGCUGCUGUGUCGCUACGAGGGGUUCAAGCAGCUGGUGUUCCCGGCGAGGGGGGAGCCGGUGCUGAACACGGUGGCGACGUUCGGCCUCAUGUACGUCAUCUUUCUGAUCGGCGUGCGGAUGGACCCGAUGCAAGCCGUCCGGUCCGGCAAGAAGGGCGUCACGAUCGGCCUCUCCGGCUUCCUCCUCGCGCUAGCCCUGACGGCGGCGGGAUGUUCCGGCGACGCUCUGUCCGAGGAGGAGGACAUGUCGAUGCGGUUCACGUUCCUGUUCGCGCUCACGGCCACGCUCUCGGUCACGUCCUUCGCGGUGCUCUCGCCGAUCCUGUCUGAGCUCAGCCUUCUCAACUCGGACCUCGGCCGCAUCGCCAUGUCGGCGUCCAUGACCACGGACGGCAUCGCAUGGCUCAUCAUGGUGGGAUACGUGCUCGCCGAGGCGUACCUCGUGUCCCCCGCCACGUCGCUCUGGGCGUUCAUCUCGGUGGCGGCGCUCGUCGCCUUCAUACUGCUGGUCGUGCGCCCGAUCGCGCUCCUGGUGAUCGAGCGCACGCCGGCGGGCAGCCCGGUGGACGAGGCGUACGUCUUCUUCUUCCUCCUCAUCGUGCUCCUGGUGGGGCUCUACAGCGACAUCAUCGGCACCAACUCGUUCCACGGCGCGCUCAUGUUGGGGCUGGCGAUCCCCGACGGGCCGCCGCUGGGCACGGCGCUCGGCGAGAAGAUCGAGGCAAUGGUGACCGGGCUGAUCCUGCCGCUCUACUACACCAUGACCGGGCUCAGCACCGACAUGUGGGAGGUACACUGGGGGAGGCUGCAGUUGGUCCUGCUCCUUGGGUGGUUCGGGAAGUUCGCCGGCGUCCUGGCGUCGUCGCUGUUGCUUGAGAUCCCGGCGCUGGACGCCGUGUCGCUCAGCCUCUUCAUGAACUCCAAGGGCAUCGUCGAGGUCAUCACCUUCAGCUUCUUCCUCACCAACAAGCUGAUCGACAAGCACAUGUUCAGCGCGCUGGUGUUUUCGUCGGUGGCGCUCACGGCGGUGUCGGUGCCGGUGGCGAGCUUGCUGUACGACCCGGCGCGGCGCUACGCUGUGUACAAGCGGCGCACGGUGCAGCACCUCAAGGCGGACGCCGACCUGCGGAUCCUGGCGUGCAUCCACGACGAGUCCCACGUCCAGGGCACGCUCUCGCUGCUCGAGGCGUCGUACGCCACGCCGAACACGCCCGUCGCCCUCUGCCUCCUCCAGCUCGUCGAGAUUGCCGGCCGCUCCGCGCCGGUGUUCAUACCCCACAAGCUCCGCCGGAGCGCCUCGUCCAGGAUCGGCCCGACGUCGUCGGCCAACGCGCAGUCCACCGACUCGGACCGCAUCAUCAACGCCUUCCUCCAGUACGAGCAGCGGCAUCCGGAGGGCGCCGUGUCCAUGCAAUCCUUCACCACCAUCUCUCCCUACUCCUCCAUGCACGACGAGGUGUGCCGCCUGGCCGUAGACAAGCGCACGUCGCUCAUCCUCCUCCACUACCACAAGCGCCACAUGCUCGCCGGAGGCAUGCGCGCCGCCAUGGGGCUCCGCGUGGUGAACCGCAAGGUGCUGGAGGUCGCGCCGUGCUCCGUCGGGGUCUUCGUCGACCGCAACGCCGGGAGCGUGCAGGAGGAGCUGGUGGGCGACAUGGAGAAGAUCGUGGAGGUGCUGAGGGGGCUGGACAAGGCCGGCUACGACCUGGUGAUCGUGGGCAUGCGGCACAGGUGGUACCCGGUGAUGUCGGCCAACGGGCUGUCGGACUGGAGCGAGUGCCCCGAACUGGGCGUCAUCGGCGACCUGCUCGCGUCGUCCGACUUCGACACGCCCUACUCGGUGCUCAUCAUGAAGCAGCAGGACCAGGGCGGGCUGAACGCAGCCGUGCCCGGCGCCCAGGACGUGUGGCACGGCGACGAUGGUGCCGGGGCGCCCGCGCCGGAGCGAACAAUGACGACUGCCGUGUCUAGCAGGUACCGGCAGUAGGCUGGAGCGAACAAUGGCGACCGCCGUGUCUAGCAGGUACCGGCAGUAGGCCGGCGCGGGGAAGAGCAGCACUGACGUGAUGUUGACCUUUGCAUCGUAGAUGUUGACAUGUCUAGUUCCUAGUUGGACCUGAUUCAAAUAGACAUUUUUCAGUUCA